AUGGUCGUGACCGCUACCCUUGUGACCCUGAACAAUGGGCAAAAAAUGCCUGUUCUUGGGCUCGGCACCUACAAUCUGCGAGGACAGAACUGUAUCGAUGCGGUUAAGACAGCAAUUGACGCGGGCUAUCGGCACAUUGAUACUGCCUCCCUUUACCAGAACGAAGCCGAAGUUGGUCAAGCUGUGCGGGAAAAAAUUGAGAAUGGUACGAUCAAGCGUGAGGACAUUUUCAUCACUACGAAGCUCUGGAAUACCUCACAUGAACCGGCCCAGGUUCGCGAAGCGUUUGAUGCUUCGCUGACCAAACUCGGUCUAGAGUAUGUGGACCUUUACCUUAUGCAUUCUCCCGUUGGUGCUACGGUGGAUACGAACGGAGCGACCGUUCUUACCGAAGUUGACUAUGUCACCACCUGGAACGCGAUGGAAAAGCUGCUCGAUACGGGACGCGUGCGUAGUUUGGGUGUGUCCAACUUCAACAGUGAACAGUUGCGUCGAGUUAUCGAGAAUGGUUCCAUCAAACCGGUGACCAAUCAGGUCGAAUGUCAUGUAAGACUGAAUCAGAAAAAAUUGAUCAAGUACUGCAAAGAUCGUGAAGUUGUGGUAACUGCCUACAGUCCACUGGUCCGACCGGGGACAACCUUUGGCCUGGAGGAAUCUAAAGCUCCCAAGCAUGCGUUCGAAGAUGAGCGAGUGAUUGCCAUUGCGGAACGGUACGGUAAAACACCGGCCCAGGUUCUAUUGCGCUAUCUCGUUGAAAUUGGAACCGUGCCCAUCCCAAAGUCGGGCAACCCGGAACGCAUUCGUCAGAAUUUGGACAUUUUUGACUUUUCACUUACGCCGGAGGAGGUCCAUUCGCUGGAUUCGCUCAACACGGGACAGCGGUUGGUGAAAUUUGAAACCGCCGAAGCACAUCCCUUCUAUCCGUUCAAUGCAGAGUUUUAAUUGGA